CACAUGCUCGCGCACUUCAGUGGUGAGAGAGAUCGAGAAAGAGAGAGAGAGAGAGAGGAAGAGGGAGUGAGUAGCGUAGCAGAGACUCAUUAGUCAGUAGUGACCAGUUCCCAUACACAGGUUCCCUUCCUCUUUAGCUAAAAUGUCCAAGUUGGACCAGAUCCUCGUUCUCGAGCCCCCUUCCGACCUCAGAUUUAAAGGUCCAUUCACAGAUGUCGUCACGACCAACCUCAAGCUGAAGAACCCCUCAGACAAAAGAGUGUGUUUCAAAGUCAAGACGACGGCGCCGCGCCGGUAUUGUGUACGGCCCAACAGCGGCGUCAUCGAAGCGGGAGCCGCCGUCAACAUCUCUGUUAUGCUACAGCCCUUUGACUAUGACCCCAAUGAGAAGAGCAAACACAAAUUCAUGGUGCAGACAAUCUUCGCCCCACCCAAUGUCUCUGACAUGGACUCUUUGUGGAAAGACGCAAAACCCGAUGACCUCAUGGAUUCCAAGUUAAGAUGCGUCUUCGAGCUGCCUUCUGAAAACGAUAAGAUGAAUGACGUGGACGUGAGCAAAUCUGCCCCGGUGAUGAACUCUGCCAAGGCUGAGCCGCCCUCAGCCGCGACAGCAACACCAGCACCCGCCGCCACCAAUACGGCCACUGCCUCUGCUUCCUCAUUGGAUGACAGCGAGAUGAAGAAGUUGCUGGAGAAGUGUAAGCGGUUGCAGGCGGAGAUGAGCAAAAUCGCUGAGGAGAACCGACACUUAAAGGACGACGGCGCGCGCAUGAGGAAGGUGGCACGCUCGGAUCACGCAACCUCCAACUCGGCCGCCUCCCUGCCCUCUCUCCUGGUGGUCAUCGCGGCCAUCUUCAUCGGCUUCUUCCUAGGGAAGUUCAUCUUGUAGACUCGUGGGUCGGCGGUGGCGUCUCCGCCCUUCUUUCCCUCAAAUCAAGUGUUUGUCUUGACAUCGCCAUAUCACUGCUAGCGUGAGCUUCCAGGCCAACACGCGUGUACGACAAAGGCGCUGCCUUUUCUUUCUUGUUUAUUUUUAACUUUCACACACGGUUAAAUGCGCACACGCGUUCGGAAAGCAAAGGCAAAGACAAAGGGAUUGUGUUCUUUUUUUUUUCUCCCCCUUAGAUGGCUUCAGGUCAUGUGACGGAAAGUUAACUGUCAGUCCACAAGGAAG